GGAAGUUUUUUUUUAACAUUUUUAAAAUCUUGUUUGGCCCUUAGGUUCAAUUUCCGACUAUUCCAAGAUUUUUCAAGAACCGACAACCUUAAAGCAAUUUUAUUUUUUACUUUUUAUUUUAAAAUUUCUCUAAUUUCUAAAUUUUUCCAUGACAUUCUGCUUUCUUGAUUUAAUCUAAAUUAGAAUAUUUUCGAAAAAUAUUUAAUAUUUUUAAAUAAUAAAUUCUUUCAUUUUUUUCCUCUAUUCAUUCUUCAAUUUUAUUUUUAAAACAAAUGUGGAUUUAGAAAAAAAAUUUUUUUAGGUCUCUUUCUCCUUCCUAUGUCGAUGAAAAAAAUGUUUUUCUUUGUUUCUUUCAAAUAGGUUUUUUACAAAAGAAAAUUUUUUUUCUGUUCUCCUCCAAAAAAUUUUUGGAAAUUUUUUGGGAUUUUUUUGGUCCUUCUAAAUGAAAAAAAUUUUUUUUCGAAUUUUUUUUCCACAUUUGUCUCUUCAAUUUUUAAUUGCUUUUUCUCGUUAUUCUUUAAUUUUAAAUGCAAUCUAUAUAUUUAUGCUUCUCCCAGAUUUUAGUUUUUAUAAUUACUUAAACUAUUAAAAAUUUAGAUGUAUCUCAAAUAACUACAACAAAAAUUUGCUUUAUAAAUAUUUUUUGCUUUUUUUGUGAAUAAAUGACUUUAAAAAAAAUUUUUUUUAAAUUAAGGUUGAUUUACUUGAUUAAUAUUUUAUUUUUUUAUUUAAAAAUUUUUUUAAAAUUUUUUAGAGGCUCAAAAAAAUUUUUUCAAAAAAUUCAUGGAUGCCUGCAACACUUUUGGUCCUCUUUUUAAAUCUCGUUUGGAUCGAGUAUUGAAGCAAUCUACAAAUUUUAAAGCUGUCUGUUUUGCUCAUCAUAUUGUUAAGCCGGUACUUCAGGUUGGGCCAACGUGUGGUUUUGCAUCAUUGUCUAAUGCUUUAAAUAUUUACAACCUAAAAUCUCCCAAUUUGAACAAUUUGGUAGAAUUGGGACGCUCUUUUGGAAUAACAAACGGAGGUGAAAUAUUUUCUGUUGGAUGGUUUUGUAAUUUUAUACAAAAAUAUUGGCCUAGUCUACACCCAAAGAUUGCAGAAUUUGGUGAAAUGAAGUCUUCAAUAAUUGAAUAUUUUGGAAAAAGGGAAAAUAAAAAGAUUCCAACAAUUUUAUUUCCUUAUGAUUGUGAUAGAGGAAAUUUUGAGCCUUGUAAUCGUAAUGGACUUGGAGCGCAUUGGGCUAUUUUGACAGGGUGUCUUUUACUUUGUGAGGAUAAUGGAGGAGAAGAAUCUACUGGAGAAUAUAUUAAAAUAAUUAAUUCUUCAAAUGAAUUUAACAAUGUUGUAAAUGGUAUGAAAUGGGACGAGAAAAGUUUAUAUUUAAUUGGAUAUCAAGGAAAAAGCAGGUCUGUUUUCAUUUUUUGGAGUUUUAAUGGCAUAUAUCAAGGGCGUAGCUAGGGGGUCGAUUUCAGUGUGAGGGCUAAAAUGGAGUGUGAGCUGAAAUUUUUGCAUUUACUUUGGCGGUUUCAACGCAAGUUUUAUUGUUUUAUUUUUCAGCGCCGAAGGCAAAAUUUUGAUGGCCGAUUUGAAAAAAUUUCAUGUUUUUUCUCGGGGGAGGCUAUAGCCCCAUAAGCCCCCCGGAUAUAGCCCCAUAAGCCCCCCGGAUAUAGCCCCAUAAGCCCAUAUAGCCCCAUAAGCCCUUGGUAUACUGACAUAUCGUGAUCGACAUAUCGGGCUAUUUCAAUGUAUGAGGAGCCCUAGUUAUUUUGCAAUCUACGACCUAGGGAUCUUUACGUCCCUUUUGAAGAAAAGAAUUUAUGUUUUAGAAACACGCUAGAGGUUAUUUUUCUCAAAUAAAUCCGAUAUGUCCGUUCCGAUAUGUGUCCGCAAACCGUUUUAAUUGAACUUAUUUUUGUCUUUUUGAGGCUGUUGAAAUUAACCACAGGUUUUGAAUUAAAUCCAAGAAUGGAUCGGGUUGGGAAAAAGCCGGACCAGGGUUUUGGUGAAAACACAAAAAAUCUGUGUUUCGAGUUCUUGAUAACCAGGCCCGCCAUCCUCUUGAAAGUUGGAUCACGGAUCUCAAAAAUUAAGUUUUUGACCACCAAAAUUCAAAAAAAUUUACACUUUAGAUGUCCG